UUAGCAGGAGAAAGGAAUCAAGAAAGAAAAGAAAUGAGUGGACUCAAAAUCCAACUAGUUCUCCUUUACUCUACCUUCGGUUUGCUAUUAUUUUCUACCCAUUGUCUAAGUCUGGAGAGUGAGUCGGCAUUCUCAAUAGUGAGUCACGAGUUGGACCAUGGGUUCGCAACAACAGAAGAAAGGGUAGUGGAAAUUUUUGAGAAAUGGAGGGAGAAACAUGGGAAAGUAUACAAACAUGAAGAGGAAAAAGAAAUGAGAUUGAAGAGUUUUAAGAAAAAUCUCAAUUACAUAACGAAGAGGAAUCGGAAGAAUAAGCAGAGUGAUAUAGGCCAACAUGAAGUGGGAUUAAAUGUGUUUGCGGAUAUGAGUAAUGAAGAGUUUAGACAAACUUAUUUGCCUUCUUCAAAGCUAAUAUCAAAGAAAAAAGAAAAUAAUCCACAUAGUCGCAUGACGGAUUGCGAUGCUCCGACUUCUAUGGAUUGGAGGAAGAAAGGAGUUGUUACUCCCGUUAAAAAUCAACGCCAAUGCGAUGUGUUUCAGUUUGUUUUUGUAUAUGAAGCAACAGUACGUAUAUCCCGUACUGACAGAAACUCAAUUUAUUAAGAAGAAGAAGAUGAUGAUGAUGAUGCAUCGUUAUGAUUUACGACGAGAAGAUUUGUUUGUGUUUCCGGGUUCAAAGUGAUCAAUUUGAUGAGUUUUUCGCCCCUGAGUUGGACAAACAUGGUUAUCAAGCUCUCUACAAGAAGAAGACAACAGAGGUUUACACCGGGACUUAUGCUAUCGAUGGUUGUGCAACAUUUUUCCGAAGGGACAGAUUUUCCCAUGUGAAGAAAUACGAGGUCGAAUUCAACAAGGCUGCUCAGUCACUGACAGAUGUUGUGGUCCCAAUCACUCAGAAGAAAGCUGCUUUGUCUCGACUUCUUAAGGAUAAUGUUGCGCUAAUAGCGGUUCUGGAAACAAAAUUUAGCAACCACGGAGCCGAUACUCCUGGAAAGCGGCAGCCUCUUUGUGCGUUCAACAGAUACAUACUCGAAUUCGUAAGCAGCAGAUAUAUACUCGAAUUUGUAAGUAGUUUAGCGGAUACGUGUUCUAUUUGUAAGCAGCGCGACAGAUAUGUACUCAGAUUUGUAAGUAGUGUAGCAGAUAUGUACUCGAAUUUAUAAGCAGUGUAGCAGAUAUGUACUCGAAUUUAUAAUCAGUGUAACAGAUAUGUACUCAAUAUAAUGAAUGU